ACCAGUCUUGCUUCUCUGGGCGACACAGCUGCUCCGUUGCCUCCAUCUAAACUGCUUUCAUCUCCUCUGCCCUUCAUCCUUGCCCUUCACUGAACUUCUCCCCAGUUCUCAUCUAAGCUUUCUCUGACCCCUGACAUCACCAUCUCAUCUCAUGGCAGACGCUCCUUCUUCCUGGUCUUCGCUGAUGGGUGGAGCCUUUGCCGCAAUGGCAGUCGACUCCCUCAUUUUCCCGCUCGAUACCAUCAAAACGCGUACGCAAGCACAAGGUGGCCUUAAGGCGAAUGGAGGCUAUACAGGCCUCUACCGCGGUAUCGGGUCAGUCGUUGCUUGUACAGUUCCCUCUGCUGCCCUCUUUUUCUGGAGUUAUGAGCAGUGUAAAGCUGGUCUGCUCAACCUGGGCUCACACGGCCCAGCGAAUCAUUUAACGGCGAGUACACUGGCAGAGGCACUCUCCUGUGCUGUUCUUGCUCCCGCUGAGAUUGUCAAGCAACGUGCACAAGUCGCCUCUGGACAACAUGCAGGCGGUGGCGGACAGCAUGCGAAUCAAACAUCUCGUGAGAUCUUGAAAGAGUUGAUACAGGGACGGGAUAUGAAGGGGUUAUGGCAAGGAUAUCUUGGUCUUCUCCUUCGAAAUGUGCCUGUCACGGCGAUUCAAUUCACGCUGUACGAAGCUGCGAAGAAGGCGUAUAAGCAUCGGCAAGGCAAAAAGAAGCUCAUGGCAUGGGAGUCUGGUUUGUGUGCUGGAGCGAGUGGCAGUAUCGCUGCUGCUGUCACAACGCCGCUCGAUGUGAUCAAGACAAAAGUCAUGCUCAACCAAAAAGGAGAUGAACAAAUCACCAUGUGGAAAGUAGCCAAGGAUACGGUUCGGCAGGAAGGAGCUAAAGCGCUCUUCAAGGGCCUUUACCUGCGCAUCAUUUGGACAAGUAUGGGCUUAUCCCUGUAUCUCGGCUCGUAUGAGGCAAUGAAGAAUUAUCUGGAUGAACCCAGCGAAAAAGAAUCAGAGUAAGAGGUCGAUGGUGAUCAUAUUCAUCUCAGCACAGUAUGCAGGUGCGGAGCUGAUUUAGCCACAAAAGCAUUUCAAGUACAUCAUGAUUGUAGUUGUAGCGUAUAGACGAGGGAUUAUCUUUGAA